AGUUAACAGACGUAACCAUGGCCUCCUCCACUUCGCUCACGUUUUUCUUCGCGCUUCUCGCCGCCGCUGUCGCCACAGAGGUGCAACAAUGCCCCGGAAGAAGUUUUGAAAAUUUAAGUGAAAAUGUGGAGGUGACGCCUUGCAAGAAGCCACCGUGCCGACUUAAGAAGGGCACCGACGAACAUAUCUCCAUAACCUUCACACCUAGCACAGAGGUGAAGGAUGUUGUAAAUCACGUGAGUGCCAUUACGUUCGGAUUGCCGCUGCCGUUUGUGGGUGUAGAUGGGAACUCAAUUUGCAAUAAAGUUUUCUUGGAAAACGGUGAAAAGGCAUCGUGCCCUCUGCAGGCAGGUACUAAAUACGUAUACAAGGACUCGUUCCCAAUUCUGGCGUUUUACCCCUCCAUCUCAGUGAAAGUGCAUUGGGCGCUCAAAGCAGACGAUGCGGAAAUCACCUGCUUCGAAGUACCCGCCAGAAUUGCAUAGUAUUAUAGAUAUUGUAUACGAAUAAAAUAGUAUAAGUACGCAU